CCGGGGAUUUUAUUCUAUUAAGGAAUAUUAGUUAUUUACUUGAAAUUUUUCUGAUAAUUUUUCAGAAUGUCGAUUGCCAUUCAAAACAAUAGCAACGCUUCCAACGUCUCCUUGUCGACCGGUUACGCCUAUCCCGACCCGCCCUCCCUCGACACACUAGUGCCCCUCGGAAUCAUCCUCAUCUCGGCCAUCAUUACAACCGUCGGGGGCAACGGUUUUAUUAUUUAUGCGUUCCUGCGCUUCCCACAUCUGCGCACCCAGUUCAACACGUACAUCUUCAAUCUGUCCAUCGCUGACCUUUUUGUCGGAAUCAUCGUUAUGCCGUCCUUCUUCCUGUACAACUGCUACGGUUACUGGCCGUUCGGGGAACCGAUGUGCUCGGUGUGGGUCUUUACCGACUGGUUCAUGACCUUUGAGUCGGUGAUGGUCUUGGCGGUGAUCAGUGUGGAACGGUUAUGGUCGGUGACGUGGCCGGUGACCUAUAAGCAGUGGCACACGCCCGGUCAAGUGCGGCUGGUCAUUGUGUGUACGUGGGUGUUUGUGGCGUCCAUCUGGAUGCCGGCGUUCUUUUAUGAUCGGUUUAACCAUGAUAACGUCGUGGAGGACUGCGCAUGGGAUCCCGCAAAAAAUUACGCCGGUGGAUUUUACAUCGGAGUGUUAGGAUAUUUGGCACCGUUUAUUACCAUGGUGGUUUCGUAUACGAUUGUUGGAUUCAAAAUGCGUAAAAGAUUUCGGAAAACUCGUGCCACUAAGGGAGCCCCCAUUCAAACCGAGGGCAGCUCCAUUCAGCCACGCUACAAAGGAAUUUCCCCAAUUUCCCACGUUGGCGUGACGGAGAAAAGUAUUAUUAACUCGACAACGCUAACGGCUGGUGGGGAUGAAAAGCAACUCGGCAACAGGCCAGCGAAAAUAAACCACACAGCCAAUCGGGAAAAAUCAGCAUUGCUUACUUUGGGAGCAAUUGUCGUGGCAUUUUCCAUCUGUUGGAUCCCCUUUUACGUUUAUUUCUUUGUGACCUUAUUCAACUGGGGAACACUGCCAACGUGGUUUCUAACAAUGACUUACUGGCUGGCUUACUUGAACUCGGCAGUCAACCCGGUUUUAUAUACAGCUCUACACGAUGACUUCCGGCAAAAACUUGUUGAUUUAUUUCGAUGUUGCCGAAAAUAUUAAUAAGGCAACUAUGCUUAAAUCAGCUCAAAACUAUGCGUUCAAAAUAAUUUUGCCAAUUGUGCUUUGUUUGCUGACUGAAUUAUGCAGAACACUGACCUUUCUGUGACUGAGUAUAAUAUUUUGAAAUCAGUUGCUUACUGCUUCUGCU